GACGCGAGACUCGACCUCGACCAUCAAUCUCCUCCUAACACUCAUUCUUCGAUUCAUCAAGGCUUUGCAUCCUCUAGAUUGUGCAGGCGAUAUCUGAAUAGAGUCUACUUGUUGUAGUCUACAUCCUGUUGUAAGAUGGCUUCACACUCCUCCAAAGAGAAUACGCCCUUGCCUUCCACGCAAGAUACGUAUGUUAUGGAUACCGACUCGCAACCAGCCACGAAAAGACGAAAACUUGGACCAUCUGGUCCUUCAUUUUCCACUUCUCAGCAGAAUUCAGCAGAACCGUCCUUUGCGGAGGUCCUCCAAAGGCUGAAAGACGAAGCUGGAGAAUCGAAAGACGCGGAAGGUGGUGCUGACUUAUGGGCCAGGCCUACCCUUCCUCCGAUCAAUGAAAACCGGGAUGCUAUCAUCUUCCAACAGAUUGAUGUUGAAGACUCUGCAGACUCUCCAGGCGGCGGACUCGGCAUUAGAAUGUUUGGCGUUACAGAUACUGGACACAGUGUCCUUGCGCACGUUACAGACUUCUUACCCUACUUCUACGUAGCGUGUCCCCGAGGACUUCUGUCAGAUGAUCUCCAAAUGUUAGAGCUUACCCUCAAUAAUCAAGCAAGUGGCGGCGUUGUGCGAAAUGCCGAGUUCGUUCAGAAGAAGAGUCUCCUGAAUUAUCGAGGUGACGCGGCGGUCCUCUUCAUUAAGAUCACGCUAGCCGAUCAGCGAAGUCUGCCUAAAAUUCGAGGCCUUUUCGAGAGAGGCGAAGUACGUUUCAAAGGGGAAUUCUUUAUUGAUGCCACUCCAACGUAUGAGAGCAACAUCGCCUAUACCCUACGUUUCAUGAUCGAUACCAGAGUCGUUGGAAUGAACUGGAUUGAAGUUCCCGCGGGUAAAUACAAAUUGGUCACUGGAAAGAAGAAGAGGUCCCAAUGUCAGAUUGAACUGAGUGUCAGAUGGGACGAUUUCAUCUCACACACGCCCGAGGAGCAAUGGUCAAGGAUGGCGCCAUUACGCAUUCUCAGUUUUGAUAUCGAGUGUGCCGGUCGAAAAGGUAUCUUUCCAGAAGCGCAUACAGACCCUGUUAUUCAGAUUGCGAAUAUGGUCACUCGUCAAGGGGAGAGCAAACCAUUCAUUCGUAACGUCUUUACCCUCAAUACCUGCGCACAUAUUGUGGGCUCGCAAGUACUCUCGUUCACAGAUGAAGCCACCAUGUUACAAGCCUGGCGAGAUUUUGUGGACAAAGUCGAUCCCGAUGUCGUAAUCGGAUACAAUAUCGCCAACUUCGAUCUGCCAUAUCUUUUGGAUAGAGCCAGGGCACUGAAAGCUACCCACUUUCCGUACCUCGGAAGACUAGAGAAUGUGAAAUCUGUCACGAAGGAUACUCACUUCUCAUCGAAAGCCUUUGGUCAACGUGAUUCGAAGGAGACGUCACUGGACGGGCGUUUGCAGGUUGAUAUUCUGCAGUACAUGCAACGUGAAUAUAAGCUUCGGUCGUAUACCCUCAAUUCCGUUUGUGCCCAAUUCUUAGGCGAACAGAAAGAGGAUGUGCAUUAUUCCGUCAUUACGGAACUGCAGAAUGGUACCCCAGAAUCCAGAAGGCGUCUCGCUGUAUACUGUCUGAAGGAUGCAUACCUCCCGCAACGGCUCAUGGAUAAGUUGAUGUGCUUCAUCAACUAUAUUGAGAUGGCCCGUGUCACUGGCGUCCCAUUCAACUACCUUCUGUCACGAGGACAGUCCAUCAAGGUCCUAUCUCAACUAUUCCGCAAAGCGAACGACGACGGAUACAUUAUUCCAGCGCUCAAAGGCGAAGGGUCCGAUGAACAAUAUGAAGGUGCAACAGUCAUUGAACCCAUGAAGGGAUACUAUGACGUGCCCAUCGCAACCCUGGAUUUCAGCUCACUCUACCCCUCCAUCAUGAUGGCGCAUAAUCUGUGCUACACCACGUUGAUAGAGAAACCCAUGAUUGAUCGUCUAGGACUAGUCAAAGAUGUGGAUUACAUUCAGACGCCUAACAAUGAUUUCUUUGUAACUACCAAGAAACGGAAGGGACUGCUGCCAACAAUCCUGGAAGACCUGAUCGCAGCGCGAAAGAGGGCGAAGAAUGAUCUGAAGAAUGAAACUGACCCGUUCAAGCGUGCUGUGCUUGACGGACGGCAGCUGGCUCUGAAGAUUAGCGCAAACUCUGUCUAUGGAUUCACUGGUGCCACCAUCGGAAAGCUUCCAUGUCUUCCGAUAUCUUCUAGCGUUACCGCAUAUGGUCGACAGAUGAUUGAAAAGACCAAACGAGAAGUCGAGGCCGAAUACUCGACUGCGAAUGGCCAUUCGCAUGAUGCCGUAGUCAUCUAUGGAGAUACCGACUCCGUCAUGGUUAAGUUUGGACCCACAGACUUGCCUACAGUCAUGCAGCUAGGCAGUCAAGCAGCAGAGUUUGUGACUGCGAAGUUCAUCAAGCCCAUCAAACUUGAGUUCGAGAAGGUGUACUUUCCUUAUCUUCUCAUCAGUAAGAAACGAUACGCUGGGUUAUACUGGACCAGGCCAGACAAAUAUGACAAGAUGGAUACGAAAGGUAUUGAGACUGUCCGCAGGGACAAUUGCCGCUUGGUGUCCACGGUGAUAUCGACUUGCUUGCAUAAGUUGCUGGUAGAUCGGGAUGUGAAGGGCGCUGAAGACUAUACCAAGCAGGUCAUUUCCGAUCUAUUGCAGAAUAAAGUCGAUAUGUCACAAUUAGUUAUUACCAAAGCUUUGGCCAAGUCAGAUUACACUGCAAAGCAAGCUCACGUCGAGCUGGCCGAACGAAUGAAGAAACGUGAUGCAGGCUCAGCACCUGCUCUCGGUGACCGUGUUGCGUACGUUAUUAUCAAAGGCGCGAAAGAUGCGGCGGCGUAUGAAAGAUCAGAGGACCCUAUCUUCGUUCUUGAGAAUAAUAUGCCCAUUGACACGAAGUACUACCUGGAAAACCAGUUGUCCAAUCCUUUGAUGCGUAUCUUCGAACCUAUUCUGGGCGAGAAAGCGUCGUCAUUAUUGUCUGGUGAUCAUACACGGACUAUCCAGAUUGCAACUCCAACAGUCGGUGGCUUGAUGAAGUUUGCUGUGAAGACCGUCACUUGUCUGGGCUGUAAGACGCCUUUGCGGCCCUCCAACAGUGUCAAGAAUGGUGCUGUGUGCAAUAAUUGUCGUCCGAGAGUCGGAGAAUUACAUCAAAAGCAGGUCAUGAGCACUUCCGAACUUCAAGUCCGCUUUUCACGACUAUGGACCCAAUGUCAACGGUGUCAAGGCUCUCUUCAUCAAGAUGUCCUGUGCUCGUCGAGAGAUUGUCCCAUCUUCUACAUGCGGAAAAAGGCACAAAAAGAUGUGGAGGAUGCUAGUGCCGUGUUGGAACGAUUCGAUAACGAGGCAUGGUGAUACGUGUACGUCCUUAAGAGCAAUUGGUUGGUCUCUGUGAUAUAAGGUACUUUUGUAUAAUAUUCUCCAUACCCUGUGUAAUAUGUCUUUGUCUGAGCCCCCUAAAGCUGAGCUUACACUAAUUCAUGAGCAGAACUAGUCCUCAUGAAUUCUUCGGCAUC